AUGGCUCUCCUAAGACCCAUGUGGUACUAUGGCAUACAACUUUGGGGAUCAGCCAAACCCUCUAAUACUCGAACAAUCCAAGCACUCCAGUCUAUUUGUCUACGUCUAAUAUCAGGUGCCCCUUGGUAUAUUACCAAUGAAUCACUUCAUAAAGACAUUUGCAUCCCAACCUUAAAUAGCCUUGCCAAAAUCACCUACAAAAAACGCACAAAACAUUCAGUACUCACUCUAAUCCUAAAAUCACCCAACUUUCAUCCAAUCAAAUUCCAGGUAACCCAACCAGGCGCCUGAAAAGGAACUGGUGUAGGGACCUACUCUCUCCUUAAAUCGCUUUCCACAGGGUGCCGCCACUGGGCGACUUCCCCCUCAUGCCAAUCAUCUCCACAUCACAUUUACUUAUUGUAUUACGUGUAAAUACAGAUUGUAAAUAAAUAUUGUUAGUUAAAUAAAAAAAAAAAAAAAUUGCUGUGCCAGAUCAACAAAACUGCUCCCAAUAGCCAAAUAUCUGAAACAAUGUAUAAUUUGUUUUUUUUUAAACAUUUUAUUUCUAAUUUUUAUGAAAUUGGUUUGUUUAUGAAACUUUGAUUUUAUUAAUAUAUUUGAUUAUGUAUUUCAAUUAAAUUUAAAAUAAAUGAUUAAUUUUUAGAACAAAACUGUCGUAAUCGAUGGAAAAAUAUCCAUACUGCUUUUGGAAGGUCAAGGAGGCCACCUAAAUCUCGAUCAGGGGGACGAUCGAAAAAACCUUAUUACUUGGCGACUUAUCUUGGUUUUCUUUGUCCAUACAUGCAGGGAGCCUCAACGUCUGGUAACGUUCCUCCAGAAGAAGAAAGUGACAAUGACACAUAUCCUACAAACAUGCAGGCCACGGACACCCAAGAUGAGGAAGGCAAUUCACAGGAUAUUCCAGGUGUUACACCAAAUAAUAAGGCCUUUCUUGAUUCGGAAACUGAGAUUUAUCCUAAACCCACCCCUCGAAAGAAAAAAAAAUAA